AUGGAUAAUGAUUAUAAUCGGUACUAUAUUAGAAUUCGGACUAUUCUGGGAAUAGCUCCAAAGGCAAUCCACGAGGAACUUCUAACAGCUUUAGGACUUAAUGCUCCAGCAUAUCGAACAGUUGCAAAGUGGGCCGAGCGUUUCCGUGAGGGAAGAGAAAAUGUCAAUGAUGAUCCUCGAUCUGGUCGUCCGGUUUCCGAGCUUACAAACGAAAAUAUUGAGCUGGUACGACAAGUUAUCAGCAAUAAUCCACAUUCAACUUAUGACGAUAUUAUAGCUGAGACAUUUCUCUCUCACGGUACAAUAGAGCGAAUUAUCCAUGAUCAUCUCAAGAUGAGAAAAGUUACGUCACGGUGGGUACCCCAUCAACUAACCGCUGAACAAAAGGAAGGACGAGUAAAACUUUGUCGUGAAAAUUUGGCGAAAUUUCGAGCUGGUUCUUGGCGACUAUGUGACAUUAUUACAGGCGAUGAGACAUGGAUUUACCACAGACAGAUUGGUCACAAGUCAACGAAUGCUAGCUGGAUUGCUGAAGGUCAAUCACCAGCAACUGUAGUUCGUCGAGGCAGAUUUGAACCAAAAAAUUUAUUUUGUAUUUUUUUUAAAUCGAAUAGUUCUGUUCUUGUACAUGCUGUUGAUAGAGGCGAGACUAUUGAUCAUACUUAUUAUAUUGAAAAUUGUCUCAAGCCUGUUGUCAAGGAAAUACGGAAACAAAGAAAGUCAAAUGGUACGAAAGGUAUAAAACUGCUCCAUGACAAUGCUCGACCCCAUCACCAUUCAGAUGUUAUUAACUAUUUAACGGACGAAGGUAUCAAUAUAAUGCCACAUCCACCAUAUUCACCUGACCUUGCGCCAUGUGAUUAUUGGUUAAACGAUUACAUCAAGAACCGUUUAACUGAUCAACCAGAUGAAAAAUCUUUGGCUCGCGCGGUUUCCAAGAUAGUAAAAAAUAUUUCCGAAGAAGAGUUUAAAAAGACCUUUGACAAAUUGCUGGAAAGAAUGGAACUUUGUAUAAACAAUCACGGUGACUACUUUGAACAUUUAAUAAAAUAA